AUGGGGGAAAACCAGACUUUGGUCACAGAGUUCCUUCUGCUGGGAUUUCCCCUCAGCCCAAGGACUCAGAUGCUCCUCUUUGGGCUCUUCUCCCUGUUCUAUGCCUUCACCCUGCUGGGCAAUGGGGUCAUCCUGUGCCUCAUCUGGCUGGACUCCCGACUGCACACCCCCAUGUACUCCUUCCUCUCACACCUGGCCAUUGUUGACAUGUCUUAUGCCUGCAACACGGUGCCCCAGAUGCUGGUAAAACCCCAGAUGAAUCACUUUUUCUGUGAAAUUCUAGCAGUUCUCAAACUUGCCUGUGCAGACACCCACAUGAAUGAGAUUAUGGUUUUGGCUGGGGCAGUGUCUGUGUUGGUGGGACCAUUCUCCUCCAUUGUGAUAUCCUACAUUCAGAUUCUACGCGCCAUCCUGAAGAUCCAGUCAGGGGAGGGGCGCCGGAAAGCCUUCUCCACCUGCUCCUCCCACCUGUGCGUGGUUGGACUUUUUUAUGGCACAGCCAUUAUCAUGUAUGUCGGGUCCCCACAUGGGGACCCCAUGGAGCAGAAGAAAUAUCUCCUCCUCUUUCACAGCCUUUUCAAUCCCAUGCUUAAUCCCCUGAUCUACAGUCUGAGGAACAGUGAUGUCAAAGCUGCUCUGAAGAGGGUGCUUGAAAAGGAGAGAACUUCAUGA